ACACAGUGCGUUUGUUUUGAUAAAAAAAAGUCUGGAAAGAACGAUACCGUGCGACGCUCGACUAAUUUCACGUAUUUCGCCGAUUCAGUUAGCUUUAAACUAAAUUCUUGACCAUUACCCGUGCACACCAGCCAAAGCAAAGCGGCAGUACGGUAAAAUCCGAUCCCGUUUGGUGUAUAAAGGCCUGGACGCAGCGUAAAGUGCAGGUAUUUCGUAAGAAUGUCCUCGUUCACCGAAACGGGGUUGGUGAAGAAACUGUUCGAUCUCAACCAAAGUCAGCAAAGCAUACAAACCCUCUCGCUGUGGCUGAUCCAUCACCGAAAGCAUCACUCAAUAAUCGUUAAAACAUGGCUGAAAGAACUGCAGCGAGCACCAUCAGCGAAGAAGCUUACCUUCAUGUACCUGGCGAACGAUGUGAUACAGAACAGCAAGAAGAAGGGCCCCGAGUUUGGGCGCGAGUUUGAGCACGUGCUUGUGAAAGCGUUCAAAAACGUGGCCCAAUCAACACCGGAACCGAAAACAAUCAACAGCCUGAACAGGAUUCUCGGCAUCUGGUGCGAUCGGGCCGUGUACGAGGAACCGAAGAUAAAGGAAUUCUCAACCGCCCUGAACGGUACCGAAACUAUCCCCCGGGUGGAGGUGAAUGGCGGGAGUGAGAAGAAGCGGAAAGUGGAGACGAAUGCCAGCGAAGGUGAACCGGCGAAAAAGCCGCGCACGACGGCUAGUACGGAAAAGAAGGCAGCCAAGAGUGAAGUGGUCGAGGUGAAUGGAAAGGUAGAAACGCACAUUACGCUCAGUCCCCAUCAGCCGGACGGUGAUCCUCCCGAGCCGGAGGAUCUGAUUAAGGUUAUUCUGGAGCUGGAGAACUCUGCGUCGAGUGAUGCGGUGGUACGGGAAAGAAUAGCCAGCCUUAAGCCGGAAGUAUCCGAACUAGCUGCACUGGACAAGCUGGAAGACAAGGAGGCAGCUAUGAAACUGGCCGCAGAUGUGAACGAUGCCAUAAAGAUUCUAAACGAUUACAACGCACGGUUGGCGGUGGAGAUGGAUGACCGUAAGAAGCUGACGACGAUGCUGCGAGAUUUCCUGCGCGAGCAGCAGGAACUUCAACAACAAGUGGAAAACCGUCUAGUGGAGUAUCAGAACAAAUUAUCAAAAAUCAAAGAAGUACAAAAGGAAGUGCGAAACCAUAUGAACAAUCUACCCGACUUGACCUCGCUGCCGGAUGUGACCGGCGGUUUGGCACCGCUGCCAUCGGCCGGCGAUCUGUUCAACGCACACCAUCACUAGGACAGCGAAUAUUCGAUGAUCUGACAAUUUUACACUACGUUCUGAAGCCACCGGGAGCAUUGUGCGGUAAAGGGAAAAUUCUACGCAAACAGGAACGCACGUAAUGGACGUAAAAUGCGUACCUUUAACCACUAAAGCUCCCGCGUGUGGUACGUACGGUCGUACGCGAGUGUCUGAAGAACAGCAUAAGCUUUCGAAUUUUCAAAUGCCCCCGAAUAAGCAAUUCUUUACCUCUCGUACCGGAAGUUAUCCUACCCCCUGAUCGGGAUGGGCUCGGCGCAAAAUAUUGAACAUAAGAACAACACUCAACAGACCAAAUAAUAAUAUGUAGCCGAAUCGAAUGGUGUCCCGCUGAAGAAUCGAAACGCACUGCGACAAACAGUUUGCUUUGUAAUGCGUUGUUGCAAUUGUAUCCUUUGUGCGGGAUAUGUGUGUGUUUGUCCCGGAAGUCGAAAAACAAAUGCAAAUAUACGACUGUUUUAGUCAAAAGUUAAAUAUA